AUGGCUCUACCAGUUUUUGAUCUUCAAGAAAUUCCGGAUAAUAAGACCGGAUGGGGUCCAAUAAGCGUACCGGUUGGAGUAGACACAUCUGGACCUUUCCAACAGUUCAACAAAGCUGAUAGAAUUGGGCGCGUCGCUGAUUGGAUUGGUGUAGAUCGCUUCUUUAGAAGAGGAAACGAUCGUUACAACGAACGUAUGUACGGAUCUGCUGCCAAUGCAGGCUCCCAAUUCGAUUAUGUUCAUGGUCUCGAUGAGAAUAACUUCCAAUUGGUUGAUUCAUCCAAGCCAACGCAACGCAGCACUCAACGUAACUUCCGAACUCGCCAAGUUCAAUUCAGAAAGUUGUUACAAAGAGAGCAAGAAAAGAGGGAAGCUAACCAAACUCAAAAUGCCAAAACAAAGAAGACCAUUGCCAAGGAACACCAACGUCAACUCAAGAUGUGGCAGAAACGAGGAGGAAAUGCUAGAAUGAAUCAAAGAGGAAUUGGAAACCGUUUUACAGGAGAAAGACCUAAGGAUCGGUUACCUUCUGUACAAGUUAGGCCAGAAUGGAAAGUCAUUGAAGAAAUGGAUUUCCCCAGACUAUCAAAACUCAGUCUUCCUAACGUUGGAGCUGGCCAAGACAUUGAUGGGCAUCAAUAUGGAUCUCUUCAUUUCUACGAUACUAGCAUUGACAGAGUCACUGUUAAAAAUUCUAUUCCACUUCAAAGAUGUGGAGGGUCUUUCUACAACGUUACUACAACUGAGGACCCUGUUAUUGAACAAAUCGCCCAAUCGGGUAUCGGAAAUGUUUAUGCCACUGAUAUUAUUUUGGCUACUCUUAUGACUGCUUCUCGUUCGGUAUACUCGUGGGAUAUUGUCGCUCAAAAGGUUGGAGAUAAAUUGUUCUUUGACAAGAGAGACACUGGUGGCAUUUCCAACCCAGUCGAUGCUCUCACCGUUUCGGAAACCAGCAGUGAGCCUCCUGCAUGGGAAGGAGCAGGAAUUAAUAAUGCUAAGGACCUCGCUACUGAAGCUCUAUACAUCAACCAGAACUUCCGUCGUCAAGUUUUACGUAGAAAUGAAGAAGGUUUCAAGUUAAACAAGGAGCGCGCUCCUUUCGAGGAAGAAGGUGGAGAAUCGGGAUGUGGAUACAAAUACCGAAAGUUCACUCUUUCCGGCGGUGCAAACCAGAAGCCGAUUGAUGUUGUCUGUAGAACAGAAUUGGACGGAGCCAUGGUUGGACCUAAUGGUACAGUCCAGCAUAUCACUAUCAAAGCCUUCAAUGAAUGGGAUAGUUCCCAAUCCGGUGGCGUUGACUGGAGAGCCAAACUUGAUGUACAGAAAGGUGCCGUACUCUGUACCGAGAUCAAGAACAACACAUGCAAACUGGCUAAAUGGACCAUUCAAGCUUUGCUCGCAAACUCUGAGUUUAUUAAGUUUGGUUAUGUAUCUCGUUUCUCUGUUAGAAACAGCGCUCAACACGUUAUUUUGGGAACUCAGAGCUACAGACCAGCUGAAUUUGCCACAAAUAUAUCUUUGAAUAUGGAUAAUGCAUGGGGAGUGUUGCGCUGCAUCAUUGAUAGCUGUAUGCGUCAACCUAAUGGAAAAUAUCUUCUCUUGAAAGACCCUCAAUCCCCAGUCGUUCGGCUUUACGCCCUACCAGAACGAACCUUCGAUAGUGAGGACGACUCUGAUGAAAAUGAUGGAGAGAACUCAGAAGAGGAUUAA